CUUCUUCUCUCUGAUGCCAUACUUAAACCAUAUGUGAUACUGAAGUUUUCAUCAUAUUGAAGCUUAAGAUUGCACAUAAUUAUGAUAGUAUUGAAGGACAAUACCAUAAAGUUAACUAAUGAGUUAUUAUUCAUAAAAAAUAUACAGUCAUGGCAGAAAGUUUCGAAGAAGGUCAAUUUAGCGAUGCUGAAGAAGAAGUAAUUUGCAAUGAUAAGUUUCAAAUCCAUAAUACAGAAGUAUAUAAAGGAGAGCCUUUAUCUUUUCCAAAUUCCAUUUUACAUAUUGAGGAAGACACAGCUAAAUUGCACAUUAUAGACAGUGAAGAUGAUAUCUAUGAAAAUGACAUUGAUGACUCUGAUUGGGAUGAAGAUAAUAUCCAGGUGCAAAUAAAUUCAAAAAGUACUAAGAACCAAAAUUCAGCCAACAAAGGCAAAAAUUAUCAACCACUGAAUAAACUAUUACACCGUCACGCAAAUAAAGUCAAUAUGGAAAAGUAUGAGGGUCCCUCAUUGCCAAAUCAUAUAGCAAAUGUAUUAAUAGAAAAUAAUAAACGUACCGAGAAGGGACGUGUAAGGACAAAAGACAAGCAGGAUCGUGCAACAGUUGAGAAAGUAUUGGAUGCUCGUACAAAAAUGAUAUUAUUUAAGAUGGUAAAUAAAGGACUAAUAGCAAGGAUAGAUGGUUGUAUUUCAACAGGAAAGGAGGCCAAUGUAUAUUAUGCAUUGUUAGCAACAGGUGCGGAGAUUGCUAUCAAGAUAUACAAGACAUCUAUCUUACAAUUUAGAGAUCGAGAUAAGUAUGUAAGUGGUGAAUUCCGUUUCCGUCGCGGGUAUUCUAAACACAAUCCGCGCAAAAUGGUGCGUAUUUGGGCAGAAAAAGAGAUGCGGAAUUUAGUGCGUCUACAACAAGCCGGUAUAAACGCACCUAAGCCAAUUUUGUUGCGUAGUCACGUGUUAUUAAUGGAUUUUAUUGGUACGAAUGGUUGGGCAUCACCAAAACUGAAGGAUGUAGUACUCACUGCUUCGAAGCCGAUGACACUGUAUCGUGAGUGUAUCGAAAUUAUGUGGAAGAUGUACAAUAAAUGUAGACUAGUUCAUGCCGAUCUGAGCGAGUACAAUAUAUUAUACCACAAUGGAUCACUCGUAAUUAUUGAUGUUUCACAAUCUGUGGUGCAUGAUCAUCCCAUGGCACUAGAAUUUCUCAGAAAGGAUUGUACUAAUAUCACAGGAUUUUUCAAGAAGGAAAAUGUGGCUAUUAUGACGGUUAAAGAGCUGUUUGACUUCAUAACGGAUCCGACUAUAAAUGAAAAUAAUAUGAAUGAAUAUUUGGACGCGAUGCACGAAAACAAGAAGCAAAAAGAUGGUCAGGAAAGUGAUCUUCAGGAACAAGUAGAGGAGCGAGUAUUUAAACAAGCUUAUAUUCCUCAAUCAUUGACUCAGGUGAUUGAUUUUGAACGUGACAUAAAUCUCGCCAAAUCUGGCAAGGAAAAUUUAAUCUACAAGACAUUGAUUGGUUUAAAAACGGAUUUAUCAAAGCCUGCGGAAGUACCAGAGAUUCUUGCUGCUAAACAAUGUAAGAAUUACGAUAAUAAUACUGAAGAUAACAAUGACAGCGAGAGUAACGAUGACAGCAAGAGUAGCGAUGACAGCGAAAACAGCGAAAACAGCGAAAACAGCGAUGACAGCGAAAACAGCGAUGAUAACGAAAACGACAGUGAAAAAGACAUACAAAAAAAUGAUAAAGAGAAAGUGUCAAAAAGUAUAGUUAGACCCAGAGAUGAGAGUCCAGAAAGUAAAAAAGCACGUAAGAAAGCAGUUAAGGAACAACAAGCUGAGAAAAGAAAAACUAAAAUGAAGAAGCACAUGAAGAAACGCAAAAUAAAGAAAACCAUUAAGAAAUAGAUAUUUGUAUAAAGAAGUAUCAAAGACAUGUAUAAAAACCAUGAAAAAAAUACAAACUUGA